AGAUGAGAUACGAAACUGAAAUAUUUUUGAAAUAGUUCAGUGCUUUAACUAAGCGUAUCUACUGCCAGUUAAUGUAUCUUUUCUCAUGGGUUUCCAUCAGACUUCUCGUUAAUAACUCCAAUCAGACUUCUUAUAUUUAGUUAUGAGAAAAAUGAAGACUUUUUUCCGAUACAUGCUGUUGGGUUUUGCAUUUGGGACCGUUUUCUUCUUCUGUAGUGUUGAUGCAGAACGUUUCCGGCAGAAAAUGUUGAAAUAUUACGAUGGGCCAUGUUAUUUUGACCAAUACAGAUGCGAGAACAACAAUUGCGUCGCCAGAAGUGAUUUGUGCGAUGAUAGAAAUGAUUGUGGAGAUAAUUCUGACGAACAAUAUUGCUCCCGUUAUACUAGUAACGAGUGUCCAAAACAUCGAUCUUUCUUUUGUGGCGGAAACAGAGGUAACAGUGACAAAUGCAUUCCUAUGAAAUGGGCAUGUGACGGUUAUAAAGACUGUUCCAAUGGUCAAGAUGAAAUGCAGUGCAGUGAUGAUAUUGAAAGCAUGAGGCCAUAUUUACUUCAAAAAUCGAGAUAUAAAGCCCUGAAUUGGCUCCAUCAUUUGAGGAGAGAGAACCAACCCACUGGGAAGUGGGGUUCCGAUGUGGGCAGGAUCGCCGUGACUUUCUACCUUUCCAAUGAUUCUAAUUUCAGAGUAAACAGAACUAUCCGAGACGAGAUAUCAUAUGAAUUAAAUAUGGAUCUCUUAUCCAGACUAGCUCUAAAAAAAGUAGAGGAUAUAUCCAGUACAGAGCUGGCUUACUACAUCAAUGCAUUCCUUGUCACUUGCAUAGAUCCCAGGAAGUAUUAUGUCCUGGACUUGGUCAGCGAACUCCGCAGGCGAGUAGAUGCUCAGAACUAUACAAAUCCUUCGGUGAUGCUAGCCUUAUGCAAUGCUGGCGAAAGAAUCACCGAGAGAGAUGUCGAGAAACUCAUCGGUGUGUUCUGGAAAGCCCACAGAGAAUUUUGGACAGAUAUUCAAGCUUUAGCUGUUUUAGCUUUAGCAUGUGCAGCCAAACAACCUUACGGAGUAUUUGAUUUGGUUGAGAUAAGCGAACUUACAAUGGAACUCAAGAAGCACCAGUAUCGAAACGGCACUGUUGAAAAUCUUAAAACUACAGCUCUUGUGCUGCAAGCUCUUUUCGCAUCAGAAAGAGAAGCUGAUGAAGAAAAUUUCGAUGAGGAGAAAGCUGUGAAGCAGAUUCUUCGUUCACAGAAAGAGGAUGGCUCUUUUGGGAACAUUGCUAACACUUACUAUGUCCUGCCUGUGCUUGGGUACAGAAGCCUAGUUAACAUUAGCUCAUCUCACUGCAAGGCUCCUGUCAUAGAUGAAAAGGAUGCUCUCAAAGACUUGAUGAAUCAGAUUGGCGAGAAAAUGAGUGUUCAUUUCUCGCUGUGGAUUGGCAACAAUAGGUCAGUGGAGAGGAUGAUCACCCUCAAUGUCCCAGCCGAUAGUUCCUUCUACCGCAUUAUGGAAUUUGCCGCAGGAGUAGACAACAGAUUCAGAUUCGAGUACAGCGUGAGAAAUGGCAAGCCUUUCAUCUAUUCUAUAUCAGAAAUACAAGAUGAUCCUGAAAAUGGAAUGUUUUGGUUCUUGUUCAAGGCAUCGUCCUCGAACGAAGGCGAUCUAGAACUUAUAAUGAAAAGUCCUGCAGACGUUGUACCAAGUAAUAAUCAACACUUGAUAUUUUGGUACAAGUGUGGCUCGUGGAAUCAGUGAAACAUUCGGUAGAAUAGUGGUGCCUCAACUGGCAUUUAUGUAAUGAUUGUUUCUUUGAAUGAUAAUAAAAUGUAAUCUCUAGUUUCUCA